UAAACGAUGGUUCUGCUGAAAGCACUUGUAUGAAUGAAGAGACGUUGGGGCAAACUUGUAUUGAUGAGCAUGAUGUCUUUGUCAAUCCAGCUAUGAAGAAGGAGGAUGGUUCAAGACUGUAUAACAAGAAGCAUCACUGCUUUUAUUGUAAAAAGAUAGUUCAAAAAAUGUCAAAACAUUUGUUACGUAUGCACAGUGAUGAAAUAGAUGUUUCAAAAGCAUUCAGUUUUCAAAAAAACUCAAAAGAAAGACGACUGCACUUAGAUUUAAUCAGAAACAAAGGAAAUUUUGAACAUAACAGAGACGUUUUGGAGAGCCAGAAAGGAAAGCUGAUCCCAUUCAGGCAGCCAAAGGAAAAGACUGAGGGACAAAAAUUUCUACAUUGUGUGUACUGCUACGGACUGUUUAAAAAAAGAGUCAUGUGGCGCCAUUUUCAGUUUUGCAAGCUCAACCCUCAGGACAAGACAAUGGACAAGGGACAAGGUAAAACAAGGGCACAGACAUUGUGUGCCUUUGCCGAACCAGCUCCUCCUGGAUUUAGUGAUGCAUACUGGAAGUUCUUGAAUAAUAUGAAUCAAGACAAGAUUGCCAUAGCUGUAAAGAAAGACCGCUACCUUCUGGAGUACGGCUACAGACUGUUUAAGAAGAACGAAAGGGUAAUCAGCCAACACCAGUACAUUCGACAAAAGCUGAGGGAACUUGGCAGGCUGAUGCUGGCAGCAAAAAAAGUUGCACCAGUGAACACUAUAGAAGAACUUAUAAAACCUGAAAAGUAUUCUCAUGUUGUCACUGCUGCAAGAUGCUUAGCUGGAUUCAGUGAUGAAACGGGCAAAUAUAAAUGUCCAUCACUGGCUCGCAAAGUUGGACACAGCUUGCAUGCUUUGGCUAUGUUUAAGAAAUCUGAAGGAUUGAAGGCAAGAGAUAAAGGAACAGUCCAAGAUGCUGAGGAAUUUGCACAGCUAUACCAAGAAAGCUGGAAAUUUGACAUUGCAAGCCAAGCACUGAUUCAGCUCAACCAGUCCAAGUGGAAUUCCCCACAACUCCUACCAUUCACGCAGGAUGUCCAAAGUCUUAAUUCCCAGAUGUCUGAAAAACAACAGCAACACUUAGAUGCCCUGAAAGAAGAUGCUUCCCCCUCAAACUGGAAAGACCUGGCUAAAGUGACCCUGGCACAAGUUAUCCUCUUCAACCGCCGUAGAGAAGGAGAGGUAUCCAAAAUGUCUUUGUCUGUGUACUUGUCAAGAGACCUAUCAGAAACGCAUGAAGACGUUAACUUGGCCCUGACAGAACUUGAGCAGAAGCUUUGCAAACAUUUUGUCCGGAUAACCGUCGUUGGAAAGAGAGGAAGGAAAGUUCCUGUUCUCCUCACUCCACUCAUGAAGGAAUGUCUUGAUACUCUGGUCGAGAGGCGAGAAGAAUGUGGGGUACUGACUGAAAAUGGUUUCUUGUUUGCAUUGCCUCAUUCUGUCCAUCACCUCAGGGGUUCUGACUGCAUAAGACAGUUAGUGCAUGAAUGCAGUGGCAUCAAAAAUCCCAGAGCUCUGACCUCAACAAAACUCAGGAAACACAUUGCAACGCUCUCCACUGUUCUAAAUCUGAAGAACACAGAACUUGACCAGUUGGCAGACUUCCUUGGCCAUAACAUAGAUGUACACAGAAAACACUACCGCCUUCCAGAGGGGACCCUCCAGCUUGCCAAAAUAAGCAAAGUCCUCCUGGCAUUGGAGCAGGGAAAGCUAGGAAAGUACAAAGGAAAGAGCCUGGAUGAAAUUCACAUUGAUCCAAAUGAGGCUGUUGAAAUUGAAGAUUGUUCACAAGAGGAUAUCGAAGAUGCAAGUAUGGCAGAAGAUCAGGGUUCAGAAGAUGAGACCAUCACCACACCAUCACAAGAAAGCCCCCUUGCCAAAAACCAGAGGAGGAAGUUUGCUAAAAAGAGAGAUGCCAGUAUACCAGAAGCUCAGGAAUCAGAAGACGAGGACAGCACCGCAUCCCUACAAGAGAGGACGUCUACAGAAAACCAGAGGAGGUUUUCAAAAAAGAGAGGUAAACAAACUGUUGUUAAAAGAACCUGGACAACAGAAGAAUGUGCUGCAGUAGAACGUCAUUUAAAGAAAUCAAUUCUGAUGAACCAAGUCCCAGGGAAGGAGGACUGUCAGCGCUGCAUCACUGCAGAACCUGAAGCCCUGAAGAAUCGAGACUGGAGGGCAGUGAAAUACUUUGUUAAAAAUCGAAUUUCUUCUCUGCGAAGAAAAUUUGAGUGAAAAUGUUUCACUUUACAAGGUAAUAGACAGGCUUGUAGGAGGAGGUGCUAUAAUAUUUGAGAUAGCCCUACUGGAGGCAAAACAAAACAUGCAAAUGAUUUUAUAUUCACUGAAGUCUCACACAUAGGAAGUAGAUUCUUGCAAUAUAACACAGACUGAGCUCAGGUGCCUCAAUUUAAUUUUCCACUCAGUCUGACUGCAAUGAUUUCUGAUAUUAUUUAGUGAAUAUGCUGCAGUAUAAAUAAAUUCAACCACUUUACGUUAAAAUGUUGAUUCCAGAAUCUAUUUCAUUCAUCUGAGACAGAAGAAAAUUUAAAACAUGUUUGUGCUCUCUUUUACCUCCAUUAAGGCCAUUUACAAUAGUUGACAGUGUUGUCAUGUUUUUAUGUUAUUAUGCUAUUAUGUUGUGUUCUUAUCAACACAAGGAGCUGUUGGACUGCUUUCCUGAUAUCAAAGCUCACUGUAAUAAUCAGCAGUUGAUUCAUUUUAAGCAGGUGAUUGUUUUUUGAUUAUCACUGCUCUGUCUACCUAAUGUGAGGAGAGGAGAUGCAGGAUGUAAACCUCUGAUGCAGCCUUGCAGUUUUUUUGUUAAUAAAAAAACUAUAGAAACAACUAAUAACUCCAUCUAGUUUUUGGUCCCUGCUAAGGUAGAAAGACUUGACAUAUCUGUGUGUGUGUGCAGGUGGAUCCCACAAGUAGCAAAUGCUAGAAACAUGUCCCAUAAGUGACCAAAAAAACUAGCGUAGAGAAAAAACUUUAGAAUAUGGCUAAUCUAAAGUGACUGAAAAUUUUUUAAAUUUUUUUUAAGCUUGCCUGAUUUUUUACAGAGGUCUGGGACCAUUGGAAAGGGUGGGCCCCAGAAUUGGGUUCAAAACACAUGGCCCCAGAAAGGGACAAAUACAAGUAUGUGUGUG